GUCACGCACACAGGAGGGCCCAGGAGAGAUGGGGAAGGCGGUGGUGGUCCCCAAGGAGAAUCAGGAGAAGAUGAAGGAGAUGUUUAAAAUCAACCAGUUUAACCUCAUGGCCAGCGACAUGAUCCCCCUCAACAGGAGUCUGCCGGACGUCAGACUGGAUGGCUGCAAGACGAAGGUGUACCCGGAUGACCUGCCCAACACCAGCGUUGUCAUAGUGUUCCACAACGAGGCCUGGAGCACGCUGCUGCGGACGGUCCACAGCGCCAUCAACCGCUCGCCACGCCACCUGCUGCUGGAGAUCCUGCUAGUGGACGACGCCAGUGAGAGAGACUUCCUGAAGGAGAAGCUGGACCAGCACGUACGGACCCUGGAGGUGCCGGUGCGGGUGCUACGCAUGGAGAAGCGUUCCGGGCUGAUUCGCGCCAGGCUGCGGGGGGCGGCGGCCGCACGGGGUCAGGUGAUCACCUUCCUGGAUGCCCACUGCGAGUGCACCACUGGCUGGCUGGAGCCACUGCUGGCCAGGAUCAAAGAGGACAG